AUGGCGGCGCCCUUGCUCAGCGCGGCGCUGUGCGGCGUCCGGGGCGGGCGGGCCUUCGGCACGGCCGCUGCGCUCUGCAAGCGGGCAGCCCCGCUGGGGCCGAUGCCCAACGAGGAUAUUGACGUCAGCAACUUGGAAACGCUGGAAAAAUACCGCAGUUUCACUCGCUACUUCAAGCUGGCGGAAAAGGAGAGCAGGAAGCCCCGCUGGUGGAGGACGUACCGGCAGCACACCAGUCCUCAGCCAGAGCCAAAGACCGACAUCAGCCUGCCGCGUGAUAAGCUGCUGCAGGCAAAGGAAAUCAAGGAAAGAAAAAAGAUCCUGAGGGCGAACCGCCAGAAUGCUGAAAUGGAAAGAGCAGCGCGGCUCCGGACUGUGCUGAUUCCCCUUGACGAAGUCAGAGCGGAGUGGGAGAAGACCAGCGGCCCGUUCCACAAGCAGCGUGUGGCGGAGCACUGCGGGAUAUUUCGUGACUUGUUCAAGGGGGCCACAUUCACCCCCUGGGUUACCUUGAGGGUGGAGUACAGCCAAGAAGACGAGCACCUCGUGCCGGUCUACUAUGGGAACAUGGUGACUCCGUCAGAGUCUUCCAGUCCCCCUGCAGUGUCAUACGAGGCAGAUAAAGGCUCCCUCUGGACUUUGUUGCUCACAAAUCCAGAUGGACAUUUAAGAGAGACGGACUCGGAGUACCUCCAUUGGCUGGUGACGAACAUCCCAGGCAACGACAUCAAGUCGGGUAAGGAGAUCUGCCAUUACUUGCCCCCCUUCCCUGCCAUGGGAACUGGCUACCAUCGCUUCAUCUUCCUCCUCUUCAAGCAAGACUGCCCCAUAGAUUUCAGCGAGGAUGUUCGGCCGAUGCCAUGCCACAGCCUCAAGAUGCGAACCUUUAGCACGUUUGACUUCUACAGAAAGCACGAGGAUGCAAUGACCCCGGCAGGGCUGGCGUUUUUCCAGUGUCAGUGGGACAGCUCCGUUACUUGGGUCUUCCAUCAGCUUCUCAAUAUGAGAGAGCCUGUGUUUGAAUUCGUGCGGCCGCCCGUUUAUCAUCCUCCACAGUUAAAGUUCCCGCGCCACCAGCCUCUGAGGUACCUGGACAGAUACCGAGACACCAAGGAGCCAACCUACGGCAUUUACUAGGGAAAUUUACUGGCUUCCUCUCCAGGCGCUCUGGUGUACGCUGGGAUGCCGGCCAGGCGGAUGGGGCUGCCGGCUUCCCUGCACUCACACAGUUGUGCAGCUGGGAGCUGCCUGCGCCUCUGGAGGGAGACGACAAAGUCUCAGCCCCUCGGCUUCCAGUUCCCCUGUGCUGGCAGUGCUGGGAAGUGUGCAGCUGAGGGCAACAGGCAUUUGCAGUGCUGGCAGCUGUGUGGUCAAAAAGCUACUUAAAGAGGACGUUCAUAGAUGAGAGCAAAUCCAUGGCCAGGCUGAAAUCUUGCUACUGAUUCUGUAGCAGAGCUGAUCAGUAAGGGUGGCAGGGUAGAGUCUCCCUAGAGAUGCCCUGCCUUGCUUCUCUGCGAGGAUCACAGUUCUCCUUUUGCCUGUUCAUGGAACAAACAGAGCCAGGCCAGCCUGGAUUUCCUCCUCUUACAGCGCUGCGGUUCAGGACUGUGUCAGCUUUUAUUUGUGCAGCCCUCUUAAAGAGAUGAGUCUGAUUAAACACACUCUGAGCA